AUGUGUCGUCUACUGGACAUCCUGCUGGCUUUGCUGAGUCGUUUCCUGUUUGCGGUCCACGGGGUGGUGACAGUAUGGCGUGUGGUGGCCGUUAAAGAGGAGCCACUCUACUGGCUGCUGCUGAUGGGUGUGGCUCUGCUGGGUGUGGAAAUGGCUGUCACUUUGAAGUGCACCCGAAAUGCAGAGUGGAAAUGGUUCUCCCCCAUGGUUUUCCUCUACCUCAGCACUGUCAUCCCGUCCAUUUGGUUCCUGGAGCUGAGCCUGCUGCAGUCCAAGCUGCCUGUCAACAAUUCCUCCGGCCCUGAGCUUCAUUUGCUGGCUGGCAUCCCGAUCACAGCGGGCAUCGUGGAGCUGGACCCAGAAAACUGGGUGGCAGGCCUGGAGCAGACCAUGCUCAUAGUAUUGGUUCUGGGUCGCUGGCUGAUGCCAAAGGGUUAUAUGUCCCGCGAUCAGCUCUCUCAGCUCCUCAUGGUCUAUGUAGGACUGGGUGCUGACAUCCUGGACAUCUUUGACACCUUCAAGGAACCUGAGGUCAGGACUAACCGUGCAGUUGUCAUCAUGGGCCUGGGCCUUUUCUCUUGGGCGCUCAUGCAAUUUCCUCUGGUGCUGACCCAGACACAACCCCCAAAGGGUGAGCCUCCACAGAGGAGUGUGGGCAGUCCCUCCUGCUGUCCUGGUGCUCCAUCGCCAUUCACCUCCUGCUGCUCCAGUGAAGUGUGGAGCUUGCUCCUCACAGUGGGACUCCAAGAUGGCCCGUUUCUGCUUUACCGGCUCUAUCUUAUGGUCCAAGAGCAGGUACUCAACCAGCUGAUGAUCUUCUUCACCUGCAAAAACAUCCUCAUUGUCCUCUUGGAGCUUUACAGAAUCUUUGUGGUGCAGUGCAAACGGCCGGUUGGGGAAUCGGGACUGGGAAUGAAGAGCGGCAAUGGCAGCAAGUGGCAAUUCAAUCAGAGGCCUUUCUUGCGCUGCCCUGUAUCUGUGUCCAUCAAAUUGCCGUACUUCACCUGA